GAGUGAGCCAGGCGGAGGCCUCCCUCUCUUUCUUUUCCACUCAGUUGCUACCUCUACACUCCCAGUUGUCCCCUCCCCCAGACAGGCCAGGACUCUCCCAACAAAACCAGGCCCAGAAGGAAAAGCAAGAGGAAAGCCAGUCGGCUGCAGGCUCUGCAGCACAACAUAGGGUCACAGCAGGCCCGCUGGUACCCCUUGGAUCUCCUGGGACAGCUGAGAGACCUGGCCACUGAGAAUACAGACCUCCGAGGGCACCAUGAACACAGACGGCUCCAGCCUCCUCAGCCCUCCAACCUUCCUUAUACCCUCUGCCACUUCUGGGACUUACACCCAUGCUGCCGACCCUGUACCGAUCCUCGUCGCCCUGGCCUGCAUUUUUCUACUGCUGGCCUCUUGCCUGCUGUUCAUGAUGUUGUGCAAGCCAACUGCCCUGGACCCUGGCCGCCAAGGGGCCCGGGAAUGCAUGCCACAUCACCCAGUGAGCCCCAGUGAACCCAGGCUCCGGCUCUGGAAGCGCCUGGGCUCGCUGCGACGAUCUCUGCACAGCUUCCGACGAGGCAGGCCUGCUAUCCAGCAGUGUCCUCUGCCGGGCCUUGAUGACCACCGAGGUGACUGGACUGAAGCCACCAAGAUGUGACACAGUGCCCAUCCACACACAGGCUCACCCAAGACCAUCUUGCCUCUGAUGGAACCUGGCAUCAGAGGACAUAGGACACUGGUACGGAUACUCUGGACCCCUAAAGCACCCCAAUAUUUCCUUGUGUAUCUAGUCUAUGUCCUUUCCCAGAAGACUCUGAAGGCCCCUGAUUCUGCUUGUUAAUAGACCUUUGGAUCAAAAGAUGAAUACCCAAA